GAUGUACUAUUUUACUAUGGGACGAUGGUCCAGCGGUUUUAGAGGUGCCGGUCGAAGUAACAGCAACCCUUCUUCCCGGUUGUCCUUCAGAUGACAAUCCCAAAGAGGAGCCUUUCGAAUUCCUUUUCGACGAUUCCUUCAACGGAGGCACAGCUCGGCAACCCCUUUCGACGAAACGCCGUUCAGCCACGACGAACUUCAUCUAUCAGGAGAUAGGGACGAAAAUGGUCAACGUUCGAGUCUUCAGGUUCGGUGCACUGUUGGCGGAGGCUAACACCACGUUUCAAGUGGAUGAGUAUAUAUCAGGCAAACUGUCAUUCAACGGCACCAUCCCAGACUCUAACGAACGCCACUUCGCAGCCACGAACCAGUCCGUGCAAAUAUCGCUGCAAUUGCACUUGCCGCAGAGGAUCAUGUCGUCUGCGGAAUUCACCUACUCAUGGAACAUAGAAGACGUCAGACGAUCUACUUCUAUGCCCCAGACAGUGCACCGUUUCCAAAAUACGGGAAGACAGUGGAUCCGAGCAGCGGUGGUGGCACGUCUUCCACCCAUAAAGAUGGAAGAUGUCCCCGCUGAUGCAAGCUAUUCGUACAAAUGGGGUUACUUCGAAGGAGAGAUAUACAUCAAAGAUCCUUUUGAUUACAUUAACAUCACAGGAAAUACUUACUUGCAGCGUGGCCAACUGUUAAAUCUGGACAUAGAAUGCAACGGCACCGGACCUGUUGAUUACUGCUGGAAAGUGCUGCCACCGGGAAAGAACCAGAGUCUCAGCUGCACAGACCCAGUGACCAUUCCAGAAUGCCGCUUCCCUAUCCUGUACUACUUCCGGGAUACAGGAGAAUUCCUGCUCGCUGUGCAUGUAGACAACGUCGUGUCUCACUUGCAGAAGCACAUCAGAAUUCAAAUUUAUGAUGUUUCCCUUCGACCCCAAUUAUCUACUGUCAUCGUUCCAGUGGUGUGCACAGUCUUGGUGCUUUUCAUCAUCGCUACCGCCGUGAUGGUCCAUCUAAGAAGACAACCACCAGAUAUCGAAACGGCAGAUUUCGAUUUCUUCCGCACAGAACGGGGAAAUGUGAUUCUGGAGACAUCUCUCGAGCACAUGCUGCGGAUGAUUUUCAGGCUGUGUUACGGACCUCCACCUCAUGCGCAGAGAGUCCAUUACGGAUCUACUCUCAGAAGCAAUUCAGACAGCCAGUAGGAAUUUCGUCAACUUGAGCUAAUCUAAGAUAUGAGGUCAAGCAGCGAUAAAGAAAUCAGACACAUUAGUGUCCCGACUCUGAAGCGGCCUAAUCUUAAUAGCAAGAUAUUAAUAUUCUAUAGGUCCUGUUACAGUAAACUCCUGUUUGUUUGUCUUGUCUACUCUAGGCAAUCCAGCUCCUGGUUUUGGACUGGGUCAUUUUCGGAAGAAAGGGGAUUAAAAAGCAAAACAUUCGGGUAAAAUAGGGGUUUCUUGAACAUUUUCCUUUUUUGGAGUGUGUGAAAUGCAGCUGUAGAUUGAUUUUGGUAGUUUAAGGGGGGGGGGGGUCAUGCCCCCUUAGGGAUCUACGCCUGGGUUUAAGGAAAUGAAGAGUGUUGAACGCUUCUGUGUGCGGUGCCUUGUCGGAAGUUUCUGGGCAUGUCGGCCUUCUAUUCAAGUUUUGAAUAUAGUAACCAACAGAAGAUUUUUUGACAUGAAAUAUGUAUUUCCAUUAAUACAAAAUCCGAGCAGAAUGAGCGAUUUGAACGUUAUCAACAGUUUAAUAAGUUCUAAUUUUUUCACAAGUUAGGGUUACU